AAUGAAUUAGACACUGGCCUUUCUCACACGCUUUGUCCAGUCCUUCUUCCUACAUCAAAAAAUGACCCACUGGUGUACCCUCAACCAAAUUGUCUCGUCCUAUUUAUAUAUCUCCAUCCUUCUCAUUGAAGGCCCUUGGAGACAGGCUCCAAUGUGAGGUGACAGUCACAGUCAUCGGGUCUGUGGUGUUCCUCUCCUAUCUGAAAAUGCUACAAUUGUGGAUAUGCGUGUUGUGUGAGGGCUUGUAUGUCUAAUCAUUGUCUUGAGAUUGUCUAAACACAUCUUGUGGGAAGGAGUUUGACUUUCUCUCUCUCUCUCUCUCUCUCUCUCUCUGUGUGUGUGUGUGUAAGAGAGAGGAUGUGUUAUAUAAAGCUUGCUGUGUAUCCAGCCCCACAAGCCUGCUAUUUAUAGACUCAGUUCAAAUUCUAACAACCUGCGCUCAGUGAGACAGAGGAAGAAAGACGGAGGAGGAGAGGAGAAGAAAGUGUUGCAUAAUACUUAAACAGAAAGGCAAAUAAUCAGAACUCUUUAUUUGUAGUGAAUUCCGUGUCACCCCUCACCCGUCAUCUGUCUUUUGUUUUGUUUUUCUGUCUGCCGCUAUGUGACAUUGUGCUUUGAUUAAUUCCUCUCAAUGGAGCAUGACUAAUUCAGAGUGAUAGUGAUACACACAUCCAUUGAGAUUGAAUGGUAUCACCACAGCCGAGCAAUAUUACAUACCGAACCGUGUCAUCUUGUUGUGUCCAGUGUCUCCAGCUUUAUUAUCAGCAUGGGUGCACACUGCUUGUCUUGUCUUCUGUCAAGAACAAAUAAUUGAUGGAGGAUUUGUUGAUACUGGCAUGUGUGUGCGCUUUUUACAACCAUAAAUUCCACAACUCUUUUCUUACAUGGAGGACCACAGUUUCCUUGUAUGACAUUACAGGCAGCUUGUCCCUGAAGGGGGGGGGGGGGGGGGCUUUUAAGUGAUGGAUGGAGAGGACAGAGGUCCAAGGAGAACAGGAAAGAGAGGAUUAAUCCCACUCAUCCUGAAGGUCUUGGGGUCACAACUCAACCGGACAUCUGAAUAUGAGCUGGACUUUUUUAAGAUUGAACACAGGUUUCAUUUUAACAUGAGAUCCACCACCCACUGUCUCAGGAUGAGCCAAAAGCUGGAUCUCGAGGUGGAGAGCCCACAGCCUCUCAUCUACACCUUGGAGGAGCUUGAAUGCAAGAUCUGCUACAACCGCUACGACACCCGCACUCGCAAGCCCAAGGUGCUGAGUUGCACGCACCGCGUCUGUGCCAAAUGCCUAAAAAAAAUUGUAGAGACUGGCGAGUCCUCCCCAAGCAUCAUCAGCUGCCCGUUCUGCCGCCACGAGACCCACGUCCCAGACGAGGAGAUCUGGCUCCUGAAGGACGACAGCAACAUUCUGGCCAUCCUCGCCUACCAGGACCAGGCCAGGAAAAGCGGCUCGGUCACUCCCGGCGAGGUGCUCCUCACCCCCAACAGCCUGAGUGGGGGCGGCUGCGGUGGCGGCGGAGGCGGGGGGGACCAGUCGCACAGCUCGUCCGACUGCCUGGUCAUCACCAUCAUGGAGGUGCCGGGCGAGUCACAGUCUUCGGACACCAUGAGUAUGCUCAACAUGGUGCGCCUAUACCGCCCGCCCAGCCUGGACUCGUUGCCUUGCCACCUGCCCAUCCAGAAGUGCCGUAUGUGGACGUCACGCACCAUCCCCCGCUUCCUCAUCGGUUUCCUCUGCCUGAUCUACUUCAGCUCGCUGCCGCUGGGCAUCUACCUGCUGAUGAUCCAGCAGCUCACGCUCGGGGUGAUCCUGGUCAGCCUCGUGCCCUCCACGCUGGUCCUGUGUGUCUUCUACGGCUUCUGCCAGUGCCUGUGCCAUGAAAUCAUGGAGGCUAUUGCUACAUAAUGUGAAGAGUCACUCGUCGGGGAGUCGGUGUCUGUCGUAGUGACUCAUAGCGAGACCUGUAAAGACUAAGCCAAAUCACUGAUGCAUAUCUGCCCCCUUAUCCCAUCCCCAAUGCCCCUCUCCUGUUAAUCCAGAGUAUACCAGCACUGAACAGAAAAUUCUUCAUAAUCCACUUUGUAUGCAGGGCUAUUCACAGUGGACUGUGACAGUUGGGAUAACCUGUGAAAGGACGACCAUGACUAAUGGUUUUAUAUAGAGCUCAACCUGUAUCAGACAGCUGUCAUUUUUGUGUUUGUAACAGCUCACCACUAUGGGCUAUAACUGUGAGUGCUCAGCUGUUGUUGAAGAGAACAUGGUCUUAUCACAUACUGGCAGUUAAAUGUAGUAUAUUAAAUAUUUCCUUGGUAGAAUUACUGUCUACUUUUGGUCAAAUUACUUUAUGGAAAUACAUAGUAUAAGGAUGUGCUAAAGCAUAAUCACCUUGUAUGCAUUUGACGUUUCUAGUUGCCUUUGUAAGGCAUGUCUAUGCCCAAGUACUUGUACUUUUAAUGUUGUGUUAAAAAUGUGUACGUCAUUGCAAAUGGAAUGGACAAAUAAUACCUUCAAACCGCCUAAACUGUUACUAGAUAUUCAAUAAAGAAUCAAAACAGUG